AUGCCAGCUUCGAGCCUCAGUCCUCCGAUAACUCACCUGCCCCUUCGACGGGCCUCCCUGAUUUCCCGCAAGACCUCUCUACACAUAUCAGCAUUGGUCACCCUUCUACAACUUAAUCAGCACCUUGACGACUCUCACCAGGAACUUCCCGAAAUCGAACAAGACGAGGUCAAAACUUGGUUUGACAAGCAAGUCAGAAAAGCCAAGCGCUUCCAGCCGCUUUCCGUUAUAAACCAAAAGCUCCGCGGCCUCGAGGUAUUCGAGUCCAACGACUCGGACCUCGUCGUUGCCUCCGGCUCCGCACGCGGCCCCGGCCAGCAACGCCCCGCCGACUCCCCGUCGACCCGGACGAGCUUAUUACCAGAUAUCACUGGCAGCACCAAACGGCCGACGACCUUUGCACCGACCCCGCAUGCGGUCGCAGGCUCGGCGCCCCCACCCGAACAUGUGUCGUCCGGACCCAAUCCCAUCUUAUCGCCAGUCGCCACGCUCACCGGCCAAAACUCGUCGAGAAAGCUGCUCGAGCAGUCCGUGGUCACUUGGGAAGAGGACGCCUCCGUCGCGAAAUGCCCCUUUUGCAGACAAGACUUUGGCUCGUGGACCUUUCGUCGCCAUCACUGCAGGACAUGCGGCCGCGUGGUAUGCGCCGACCCGCAAACCGGCUGCUCCGCCGAAGUAGGUUUGAAUGUCGCAACGCCAGUCCCCGCCCCCGGCGGCGGCCAGCUCAGCAUCGACGUGCGCAUGUGUCGCGACUGCAGCCGCACCAUCUUCGCCAAGCGCGACUUCCAGGCCUCCCUCACCACCAAGCCCCCGGACCAACGCGCCUACGAAACUCUUCGCCACCCCUCCCACGCGCAGAUCAAGGAAGCCUCCAAGAUCCGCAAGCGCCUCAUCGACUCCUUUGCCAAGUACGAUUUGGCGUCCCGCCGCAUGCGCGACCUCCGAACCACCUCGGACCAGCAGCUCCGCCUCCAAAAAGCCGUCUACGCCGCCGCCUCCUCCUUCCUCCACGCCAACAUGCUGCCCCUCAAAUCGUCCCCCUCCUCCCCUUCCCCUUCCUCCUCCCACCUCUCCCCGCUCCGCAACGGCGGCGGCCCCUCUUCCACUUCCGCCGUUGACGCCUCCGAGACCGCCUCCCAGGCCAGCGAGACCAGCACCAUCGUCUCCGCCCUCGAGACCGAGGAAAAGGGCCUCCGCGAACGCCUCGUCGUCCUCGACGAGCAGCGCUUCAUGGUCAAGCAAAUGGUGGACGCCGCCCGCGACGCCCGCCGCUUUGAGGAAGUCACCGCCCUGUCCAGGAACUUGGACGAGCUGGACGAGGAGAUUGACAGGGUCAAGAGCAUGGUGGGCGUCGUGGAAGAGAGGUGGCAGGGUCUGUACGCCUCGGGGAGCAUAUCGUAG